AUGCAGCCUUCUCCCUUUCGCCCCGGCAAUCCGCAUCCGAGUAGCUCAUAUGAGCUGCCUCCGAUGCAGACGGUGGCAUCGAGUGCCUUUCCUGCCGCUCCGGCGACGCUGCUUUCCGCUCCGCCGCCCAGUAGGCCGGAGAGUGGCAUGAGGAUGGCCCAUCUGUUGCAGCCGAUGCCCCAGGGUCCGCCUCCGCCCCAUCAAUCACUUCCCGGUGCACCGGCUGCAUCGGGGCCAGCUACUUCACCUUAUUCGCGAUACUAUGAUUCUUCAUCGGGCUCGCCGGCAGAGAGCGGUGGCCUUCCCGAUGCUCCUCCGCUAGGAAGUGUCCCGACGGGCCCAGGGAUGUACCAAACCAGCCCGGUCGGGCAUGGGCAGCCGACUCCGGCACAGCUACAGCAGAAAAGAGCUUAUCGACAACGUCGGAAGGAUCCGAGUUGCGAUGCUUGUCGCGAGCGCAAGGUCAAAUGUGAUGCCUCGGAAUCCCUCUCGUGCACGGAAUGCACCAACCGCAAAGUUCGAUGCCAGUUUACGAAGGAGACCAACCGGCGUAUGUCGUCCAUCAAACAGGUUCAGGAUUUGGAGAAGCAGCUGCAGACUACGAAGCAACAGCUCUUAAGCUUUCAAUCCGGCAGGCUUCGUCCAGACGUUACGACAAUGGAUAUUGACGACGGGACGACUCAACCGUUGUUGCCGGGCAUCGAAUACAAACCAGCGAGACGGCCAAAAGCGCCGAUUUCUCACGAUCUGUCGGAGGUGCGAUCGAAUCUGCGUCAACAUGGCCGUGGGAUCCUGAAGAUCCCGACUCCGUACCAGCAACAAGGCUUCCAGUCCGUGGUAACAGGCGAUGCGCCGCAGCUUCCGCCAAAGGACCUUGCCGACCAUCUGCUUGGUCAAUAUUUCAGUUGCAUCCACACCGUUCUACCGGUUUUGCACUGGCCGACCUUUACCGCCAAGUACGAGAAGGCCUACCAGUCGGGGUCGUUGUUAGGCUUCUCUAGUGAGUGGGCGGCUGUGUUAUUCGGUGUCUUCGCAUGUGGUGCCCUUCACACUACGGAGUCCAAUCGGGAAGAGGAGGGUAAGAAAUUCGUCCGGAUCUCGUGUGGAAUUAUUGAUGUAUGGCAAGAUAACUUCAAUUUGGAUCGUGCUCGAGCGGCCUUACUAGCGAGCAUUUUUCUCUAUGAAGUAAAUUCAAAAUCGGCAAGUUGGGUCUGGAUUGGUUCUGCCGUGCGUGUAGCCCAAGAAAUUGGUUUACACAUGGAGUCUGGACCUUGGCCUGCAAUUGAAGGAGAGAUCCGCAAGCGGCUUUGGUGGGGCUUGUAUACCUACGAUCGAUUGCUGGCUCUCGAGAUGGGCAAACCCGUUUUGAUCAACGACCAAGACUGCGAUAUUGAUCUACCGUAUCCGGUGGAUGAUCAAUACAUCACUGAAGGAGGAGAAAUUCCCGAAAAACAGCAAAUAACACCGCUACUUGCCACGAUUCACGUUGUUCGGUCGAUUGGCCAACUAACGAGAACCCUCCGGUCAACAAGUAUUAGUUCCCCGACCCUCGAUACCUUCGAACGUCACUUCAGCACCUGCCUCGCAACCUUCCCGAGCUAUCUUCAACCGGAAUCCGACCAGGAUCUCGAUCCUCGAUCUCUCGCUCCGAUAAUCUACCUUCAGAACGCCCGCCUGCUUCUCCAUCGUCAUAACAUCUCGCCAUAUGGGUUUCCCGCUGUUCGAGCUGCUGCGGUGGAUUAUUGUGUCUCAACCGCAGCUCAAACUGCCCGUAUCCUGUCACGAUGCAUGCGAAACACCUCAUCCCCUGGAGAUUGGCGGCCAUUAUUUGCAUCGAGUGCCGGAACGCUUCUUUGCACUCACAUAUGGCGCUGUACACUCUUCCUCCUUUUCAAGCAAGAAUUUGCCGCAGCUCUAGCUUGCAUACAGGCAAGUGCUGCUGUUGGCGAUUUUCGCGCAAUAAAUGCGGCCUGUGGCCGUCAUCUCACAUUUUUUCUUCAACGCCUGCUAGACUACUCCCGACAAGACGAGGUAGCCAGCCUGGAACAAGACGAGCACAUGUUGGCUUAUGUAUCCGGAGACAUGCAAGGCACCGCAGAUGGUAGUUGGGUUUGGCAGGGUAGCGAGACUGGAUCCAAUCUUGACAGCGUGUCUCCUAUGAAGGACUGUCGUUCCCCCAUCCAGCCACCUUCCGAGUCAGACGACUGGCCCCGGACAGAGAGGAGUUGGGACUGGAUCGAGCAGACGGUCCAGCAGCUCGCCACUGAUAAGGCGCAGCAGAUGGACUACGAGCGCAUGGAGCCGAAAGAGACUUCUGCAAAGCUACUUGCUCCAACAACUGGGCCUACACCUGACUCUUCUUCAGAACCUGAAACGACCGAGAAUAGGUCCAAUUCGGCCCAUUCGCGCAUGACGAUCGCAAGCAUUAUUUGA